CGAAAUAACUGUAUAGCAUUGCCCAUAUGAAAUAAUAAUUUCGAUCAAAAAGUCCGUCUGUCGUCGAUUUUUUGUCCUCUUCAUAUAUAUUUUCUUUCCCAAAGUCUUUUAGUUUAAAUUAUCUUAGAUGCAUCGGAAAAGAAGAUAAAGAAGAAGUAGAAGAAGAAUCAAAUCGCUCUCGGCAUCCAUAUUUUCUAGAGAUCUUGAUCGGUGGAUCAUGGCUUCCUCUCCUGGAAACCCUAAUCUUCUUCAGAACCAAAUCCAACAGAUUGAUGUUCAGAAGCUCUUCAAUCCCUCGCCCAAUCCUACUUCUUCUCCGUUUCCUUCUCCUUCUGGCAAUCUGAAUUCCUCCCCAUCUUUUCCUGCUCCUAGUCCUAUUUCGUCUGCUCCUUAUCCCAUGCCGUCGUCUUCUUAUCCUCCACCUACUGGCCCUUCCUACCCUUUUCACCCCCACUUCCUCCCUUACCCACCAUCCCCACUUGACCAUUUCCAACAGCACCAUCAAAAUCAGCACCAGAACCAGCUUCUUCCCAGUAGUGCUCGUUUGAUGGCGCUCUUGACGACCCAAAACCCUCCCUCCCCUCAAAUUCCAAUACUACUCUUGAUUUCCCUCAGCUCUCUAUGCCCUUUUCUUCUCCAUCUCCAUCUUCGCCUUCACCCUUGCCUUCACCCUCUUCCGCCGCUUCCAACACCCCUUCCUCAGCACCACCUCCCACCAGGAUGCUCAGCACCAAACUUCCCAAGGGACGCCAUUUAAUCGGUGACCGCGUUGUUUACGACAUCGAUGUCCGCUUGCAAGGCGAAGUGCAGCCCCAGCUCGAAGUCACCCCCAUCACCAAGUACGGCUCCGAUCCUGGCCUCGUUCUCGGCCGUCAGAUUGCCGUUAAUAGAUCUUACAUAUGCUAUGGCCUCAAGCUCGGUAAUAUUCGUGUCCUUAACAUAAAUACUGCGUUAAGAUCUUUGCUUCGAGGUCACACCCAGAGAGUAACUGAUAUGGUUUUCUUUGCCGAGGAUGUUCACCUCUUAGCUAGUGCUGGUGUUGAUGGACGAGUUUUCAUAUGGAAUAUCCAUGAGGGCACAGAUGAGGAAGACAAACCUCAAAUUACUGGCAAAAUUGUUAUUGCUAUCCAAAUAGAAAUAGAUGAGGAAUCAGUUCACCCACGAGUGUGUUGGCAUCCUCACAAACAAGAAAUUUUGAUAGUUGCUAUUGGAAAUCGUAUCCUCAAAAUUGACACCAUAAAAGUUGGAAGGGGCAAGGUAUUUUCAGCAGAGGAACCUCUUAAAUGUCCAAUUGAUGAACUGAUUGAUGGGAUCCAAUUGGUUGGUAAACAUGAUCGUCAAGUUAGUGAAUUGUCAAUGUGCCAGUGGAUGAGCAGCCGCUUAGCUUCAGCAUCGAUGGAUGGGAUGGUGAAGGUUUGGGAAGACCGUAAGGCACUACCACUUGCAGUAUUCAAACCACAUGAUGGCAAUCCUGUUAAUUCUGUGACAUUCUUGACUGCUCCUCACCGUCCCGAUCACAUUGUUCUUAUUACAGCGGGGCCGCUGAAUCGGGAAGUGAAAAUAUGGGCCUCUGCAGGUGAGGAGGGUUGGUUGUUACCUAGUGAUGCUGAAUCAUGGAAGUGCACUCAAACUUUGGAUAUAAAGAGUUCUUUUGAACCCAAGAUGGAGGAUGCAUUCUUUAAUCAGGUCAUAGCAUUGCCUCGUGCAGGCCUAUUUCUACUUGCAAAUGCCAAGAAGAAUGCUAUAUAUGCUGUACACGUAGAGUAUGGACCUAAUCCAGCUGCAACCCGCAUGGAUUACAUUUCUGAGUUUACGGUCACUAUGCCUAUCUUGAGUCUUACUGGAACCAGUGACAGUCUACCAGAUGGAGAACAUAUUGUCCAGGUCUACUGCGUUCAGACACAAGCAAUUCAGCAAUAUGCACUUCACCUAUCUCAGUGCCUGCCACCACCCCUGGAAAAUGUGGAGUUGGAGAAAUCUGACUCAACUGUUUCCCGCACUUUCAAUGCUUUUGAUGGUUCGGCUUCUUUCACUGAGAUGCCUGCAGUUAAUUCACCUCCUAUGCCACCUAUUCUUUCGAGCAGCUCUGAAAUCGGCCUAGUUGCAAGCCGUCCUGCAAACUUGUCUUCUUCUGAGGCUACUAGCAAGCUGGAGGUUGCUGUUUCUGGUCUGGAAACAUUGCCAACUGAUGUGCCUUCUCACGUUACAGCCGAAAAUAUCCACACCGCAUCACCUCCUCUUCCUUUGAGUCCAAGGUUAACUCGCAAAUUAUCUGGUAUUAGAAGUCCUUUAAAUAGCAAUGAGCCUAAUCGAUCUCUCACAGACCAUGGAGGUGACCAACCAGCUCCUGAAUAUUCGUCUGAUCGGGGAAUGGACUCUGUCAAAGAUAACGUGACUGAUGUGCCUCCCUCGAAUGAUAAUUCAAGGAAGGGUGACAAAAAUGCUGCACAAAGUGAUAUUCCUAUGGUUCCCAAUCCUCCUAUAGUCUUUAAACAGCCAACACACCUGGUAACUCCAUCAGAGUUAUUAUCUUCUGUUUCUUCAUCAUCUGAGAACUCCCAAAUUAGUCGGGGCGUGAAUGUGGUAGAGGCAAAGAUUCAAGAUGUGAAUGUUAAGAAUGAUGCUGAAAGCAUUGAAGUAGAGGUUAAAGUCAUCGGUGAGGCAAGAACCAGUCAAAAUAAUGAAUAUGACUGUCAGAGAGAUUCCCACAUUAUGGUUGCAGAGAAAAAGGAGAAAUCCUUCUAUUCCCAGGCAUCAGAUCUUGGCAUUCAGAUGGCCAGAGAUUGCUCUGUGGGAGCUUAUAACACUAAAGAAAGUAGUAUUACUAAGGUACCAAUCGAACCUCCUAACGCUUGUGUGGAAGAAGUUCAAGGCUUGAUGAAGGAUAUACCUACAAAGGUUGGUGAAUCAGAAACUCCAACGGCAGUUUUGCAGUCUCCAACAUCAGCAGCUCUGAAAGGCAAAAGACAAAAGGGCAAAAAUGCUCAAGCGUCUGGUCCAUCUUCCCCUUCUCCAAGUCCUUUUCACUCCACUGAUUCAUCAAACGAAACAGGUGGCAGUUCAGGUGCACCAUCUAUGGAAGCCGCUUUGCCCCACUUAUUGCCUAUGAAGGCAAUGCUUGACCAGUUGAUAAACACACAAAAAGAAAUGCAGAAGCAGAUGAAUGUGAUAGUUUCUGGUUCAGUUAUCAAAGAAGGUAAAAGACUAGAGGGAUCCUUGGGCCGGAGCAUGGAGAAAGUUGUCAAGGCUAACACUGAUGCUCUGUGGGCUCGUUUCCAAGAGGAAAACACAAAGCAGGAGAAGUUAGAACAAGACCGUUUGCAGCAGAUAACAAACUUGAUGACGAAUAAUAUGAACAAGGACUUGCCAGCCAUGCUCGAGAAAACUCUAAAGAAGGAAAUAGCUUUGGUUGGACCAGCUGUAGCGCGUGCAAUUACUCCAGUUAUGGAGAAAACCAUUUCAUCAGCUGUUAUGGAUUCAUUCCAGAAAGGAGUGGGAGAAAAGGCAGUGAACCAACUAGAGAAGUCGGUUAGUACAAAACUCGAAGGUACAGUGUCUAGGCAAAUUCAAGCACAGUUUCAAACUUCAGGGAAGCAAAUUCUUCAGGAUACAUUAAGGUCUAGUCUCGAAGCUGCAAUCAUUCCUGCAUUUGAGAUGUCAUGCAAAGCUAUGUUUGAGCAAGUUGAUGUCACAUUCCAGAAAGGGCUUAGUAAACAUACAACUGCUGCUCAGCAGCAGUUUGAGGCCACACUUUCUCCACUUGCUAUUGCUUUAAGGGAUUCAAUUACUUCAGCAUCGGCAAUCACUCAAACAUUGAGCGGAGAAUUGGCUGAUGGCCAACGUCAGCUGUUAGCCAUUGCAGCUUCAGGUGCUAAUUCGAAAGCAGUAAAUCCUUUGGUAACACAGUUGAGCAAUGGACCAUUGGCAGGUCUUCUCGAGAUGGCUGAGGCACCUUUGGAUCCAACUAAAGAACUAUCUAGAUUGAUAGUUGAGGGCAAAUUUGAGGAAGCAUUCACUGGAGCCCUGCACAGAAGGGAUGUCUCAAUAGUUUCAUGGUUAUGUUCUCAGGUUGAUUUACAGAGAAUUUUGUCGACGGUGCCACUUCCUCUAAGCCAAGGAGUUCUGCUAGCUCUUCUCCAGCAACUGGCUUAUGAUAUUAGCAAGGAAAUACCCAGAAAGCUGGCAUGGAUGACAGACGUAGCUGUUGCCAUAGACCCACAAGAUCCAACGAUUGCAGUGCAUGUGCAUCCCAUUUUCGAGCAGGUAUAUCAGAUACUGGGUCAUCAACGGAACCUACCAACUACCUCUGCUUCUGAAGCAAGCAGCAUCCGCCUUCUUAUGCACGUCAUCAACUCUGUGUUAAUGAGCUGUAAAUGAUCCUCCCCACCUUAUCUUUGUAAUCAUUCUGAAGUUGUAAGUGGAUAAUUGGGUUGUACAGAAAUGUAGGAAGGUCCAGGAUAGAAAGUAUAGAUUAUGUAAUGAUUGGUAUUUUGAUUAUCUGUGUGAAAUAGAUCUUGUAUAAAUGCUUGCAGCUCUUUUUUGCACUUUUGAAGAACAUCACAUGAGGGAUUGCAUUUGUUUUUA